AUGUUAUCAGUACCAUUAAGUCGUGUACGUUCACCGAAACUUAAACGACAAACACCGGUGGAAGAUGAAAUUGAUGGUAGUCAUCAACUUCAAUCAUUAAGAUCAAUUGGAUCUGAAGAAUCAAAUUCAUCACGUUCACUUUCGCCAUAUUGGCGUUAUGUUGCAGAUCCUGAUUCAUCAUCAAGUUAUUUAGAUGUACCAGAAACAACAGGAACUAGUCGUCGUUCAUCGAAUAAUAGUGCUGUACGUUUUAGUUCACAUGAUACAUCAGAUUUAUGUUCAAUUCUUGAUAUGACUUGUGAAUCAGAAAAUUUAGAAAAAGCAAUUAUAAGUAAUGAUAAAUAUACAGUUCGUCGUAUUAUUGAUAUUCAUCAAAAUAAAUUUAAUUUAAUCAAAGAUCGUUCAAGUAUUUCACGUGCACAAUCAGAUUAUCCUAUUCAUCCAUUACCACCAACACAACCAACUGCACAUACAAAUACAUCAUUUGGUUCACCAUCAAUUACAAGCAAUACUGAUCUAUUAGAAGUUUAUAGUAAACAAGCAUUAUUUAGUAAUGAUACUGAUGAACACCCAUCUAUUUCAUCACCUGAACAUACAACUUCAAUGUUUGAUGCGGCAAGUAGUAUAUUAACAUAUACAACAGGACCACUUGCAGCAGCAUUAAUUAAUUGUCAUCAUCAUACACAUUCAAAUAAUCAUUUAACAUCAAAUCCAUCUUCAAUUAAUAUUGGAUCAUCUAUACAUGAUCGUUGUGAUACUGAACAUGAAUCAAUGUUUACGGCAGCAACAAGUUUUAAUAAAGAAACGAAAUAUCCAACAAGUGAUUCACCAAAUGAUGCACCUCCAAUAUUUCGAAAUGUUUUACAUGUUGCUAUUACAUAUGAUGCUCGCGAUGUAAUGCGUAUUUGUUUAAAAUAUGGUAUUGAUCCGAAUGCUCCUGGUGUUCAUCCAAAUAAUCAAAAUACGAUAUUAAAUUCUGCAUUAUGUUCAUCAAAUACUUAUUCACAACUAAAUACUCGUUUAACAUCUGAUUUACCUCGUGCAUCUCCAUGUCGUAAUGGUACAUUAGAUUAUACUGGUUAUUAUACAGAUGAACGUUUAUAUACAUUACCGCCCUUAUUUCUAGCUGCACAACGGAAUAAUCAUUAUGCUUGCGUACUUUUACUUAAAUACGGUGCAAAUGUAAAUGUACGAGAUGAAUUACAUUGUAGUCCAUUACAUUUAGCUGCACGUUUAAAACAUAAUGCAUGUAAUAUUCUUAUAUCUCAUCAUGCAUCCAUAACAAUACCGAAUAAAUAUGGUGAUACACCAUUAUCAUUAUGGCCUUAUGUUAAAGUUUUACAAACAGAAUUUGUUGAAUUUGAAUUUCGUAAAUUAUGUCGUAAACAUUCAUCAAAUUCUAAACGUCAUCGAUUUUUAACACGAGAUGCUGAACAUUAUCAAACAACAACAUCAUUACUUAAUUAUAAUAAUAGUUCGAUGAAUAGUGGUUUAAUACCAAGUAAUGGUUUAAGAAAUUUAAAACGUGUUUUUCGUUAUAGUGGAAGUGAUUCAUAUGAUUCGAAAUCAUUUAAAAAAAGUUUUUCAUCACAAAGUUCAAUGGGAAAAUCUCGAAGACUAUUUGGAACUAAUGCACAAAAUAGUAUUCAAGGUGCAUCAGCUGUUCCAAGUGAAUCAAGACAAAUAUCUGAAGAUCGUGAUGAUAUAGAAAAUUCUCAUGGAGGACGAAUAUCACAUUCAAAACGGAAAGCGGGCACCUCGUCGUUGGCAGCUAGCAUAUUACAUGCACAUAAAUCAUCACGUCAACAACAGCAUUCUACGGCGACAGCAGCUCAGACAUCAGCAGAAACCAAUGCGUUAAAUGAUCGUCUAACUAAACGAUUUGCUGAAUUAAGUCGAUUGGCGACUAAUAUCGAAUGUAUCGAUCAAUUGAUGGAUUUAUUGCGUGUGCAAAAUUCCAUGGACGAAAUAUUAGCUUUGAUAAGUCAAGUAACAUCACCACAAGUCCAUGCAAAAAUUGCUGAACUUCUUCAUACAUUGCUUAAUACAUCUUAUCAAGAAUUUCAACGUAAUCAUGAUAAACGUGAUCAUAUAGAAACUUUUCAAAAUCAUACGAAAAAAUUAUUAGAUAUAUCAUUAGAAUUAUUAUCAAGUGAUAUGUCAAAUGUACAAUAUUUAGCAUUGUUAACAAUAAAUCGUUUAUAUGAUAUAUAUGUUUAUCAUAAUUUAAUUAAUCCCGGUCGAUAUAAUGCAUGUUAUAUACCAACAUCACGUCGACAAUUAAAUCAAAAUUUAAUAAAUAAUUAUAAUUCGAAUAUCUAUGAUGAUUCAACAAUUAAAAAUACAAAUAGUCGUUCAAGAAAAUCAUCAACUUUAUCGAAUAUUUUUCGUCGAAUAUCACGCGAAAAUGAUGAUAAACGACCAGUAACAUCAACUAAUUCAAAAUCAUCAGGAAAUACUACACAACAAACAUCAGGAACAGGAGUUAAUAAUGGACCGACAACAGAUAUUCCACGUCAAAUACCAAAACGAUGGAUUUCAUUAUAUAGUAAUGAUACUAUAGCACCUUCAUCAUCUACAUCAACAUUAGUACAAUCACCAAAAGGAUCAACAUCUGAUUUAACAAAUAGUCAAUCAUCUAAAGCACAACAUUUACUUAAUUUAGAAAAUUUUCCUAUGAAUUCAAAUGAAAAUUCUAAUACAAUAUAUACAUUUGAACCAUUUUCACUUCUUUAUCAAAUUGAACCCAUACAUCUCUUACGUUUAAUGCGUACACAUUUAGAUGCACAUAGAAAAGAAUUUAAUAAUCGACCAAAAUGUGUACCAUCAACACGUUCACCAUUAUGUACACAUCAUUGUGUAGUUAUUUUAGCUGCAAGAUUAUUAACAAUACUUUGUCAAGAUCAUACAUUUCAAUUAAGAUUUAUUGGAACAAAAGAAAAUUUAGUAAUUAUUAUUGAUAUGUUAAAUAUUAAUAAUGAUCCACAUUUAAUAUGUCUAAUUUUACAAACAUUGGGUGUUGUUGCAUUAAAUCCUGAUUCUCAUGAUGUUUUAACACAAGCAGAUAUUCCUGAUACUGUCUUACAUUUAAUUUUACCAGCUGAUGAAAUGUUCUAUACAAAUCAAACAACAAAAUUUGCUCGCUAUGUUAAACAUCUUGGAGCACGAAUACUUGUUUAUAUGGGUUUAUUGACUAAAGUCAGUAAUAAAGUUAAUUUAUUCGAUAUACUUGACGUUGAACCAGAACCAGUUGAUUGUGAUAAACCUCAAUCAUUUGAAAAUAAUUUUGUUCAUCAUAUGGCUAUUGGUGAAACUAUAGUUGGGACAUUAUGGGCAUCAUUUACUGGUAUUUGUAUUGAAAAAUUACUUGAUGAAUUACUUAAAAAUGGUAUUAAUCAAAAAAAAUCGACAUCAAAAGAAUCACAAGAUAUGCCACUACCUCCAACAAGUCCAACAUCAGCUACAGGAUUAAUCAAUUCUAAUGAUAAUCUUCUCUAUAAUCUUUCAUAUUUAUCAGCUGUGAUACAUCCUGUUAUUAUUCUUCGUUUACUUGAACAUCGAAUAUUUACACCAUUAUUUAAGAAAAAAUCUAUUACUAUUAAUCAACCAAUUAUAUCAAAUGAUAAUAAAAAUAAUAAUAAUAAUAUAGUUAUUCCCCCUACUGUUGGUACGUCUGCUCUAAUUUCAGUUCCAACAUUACCACGACCAGAUACACUUUUACAACAAGGAAAUUCGAUAAUAAAACAUUCAUUAUCAAAUACCGAUAAUAAUAAUCGUAAAACACUUCGAGGUAUACCUAGUGCAUCAAUAUCAUUCGUAUCAACAACUAGUUCACAAUCAACAACAAAUAAUGAUUUAACAUCGAAUGUAAUCAAUUCAACGGAUCUUUCAUCACGUUUAGCACCAGCUACAACAACAACAACAACAUCAUCAUCAACAAAUAAUUCAAAUCCACUAACAGGAACAACACGUAAAUGGUUUUGGAGAAAUCCUGAAAAAAAUCUUCAAACAAAUAUUGCAAGUGAUCGUAAUCCAUUAUUACAAUCGAUCGUCGAAAAUGAUCCAACAUCAUCAUCAAUAUCAGUCCCACCAUCCACAACGAAUACUGCUGGUGUUGGAGAAAUAAAAUUACUUGAAAAAGAAUUAUUAAAUUUACCAUCGUUUCAAUUGAGCGAUUCACAAAAUCCACUCUUACCAAGUCCAACAUCUUUAAAUUAUGAUUUUUCAACACCAUACGAUCAAACAAGUCCAACAGUAAAUGUUAUUGUUAAUCGCCAAUAUGUAAAUACUUUUUCAAAUGAAUUACAAAAAUCGAAAUUGAAUAAUGAUGAUUUUACAUCAUCUUUAACAAAUAAUGCUACUACUGGUUUAUUAACAACACAUACGAUUCCAUUUGUUGCUGUUCGUACUCCAUCUGAUGAUAGUAAUCAUUCGUCAAGUAUUAACACUAGUCUCUUACGACGUAUGUCAUCAUCUGAAAUGUGUAAUCAACAAUCAUCAUUAAAUACUCGUACAUUUGUUCGAAAAACAGUUGAAAAUUUUUUUCGUUCAUCAAAAACAACUGAUAAUAUGUCAACGAUAUUAGUAAAUAAAAAUAAUCUCCUAACAAAUAUUUCCAAAUGUAAUCGAAAUAUUUUUAAAUUAAAAUCAUCAUCUCAUCUAUCACAUUCUCAACCAACUGUUAAUGAAACUUUACAUUGUGAAUCUCCAUUAAUUAAUCAUAAUGAACAUUCACCAUUAAUUGAACGUCAUGUAAAUGAUAAAUUGAAAAUUUCAGUUGAUAAUAAAAAAAAACCAUCUUUAAAUCGUCAAGGACUUCAUUUACAACUUGAUACUGAUUGUUUACAACGUAGUCGUUCAUAUGCUGAUGGUAUUAUUAUACCAACAAAUAAUCAAGAAAUUGAUUUAAUUAAUACACCACCUAUAGCAAGUUUACAACCAAAUAAUAGUGAUGCAAUAUCAAUGCGUUCAUCUGAUAGUACAGUUUCUUCACUUUCUGCUUAUCUUUCAACACAACGACAAUCGAAUCAACAACUUAAUGCAAAAUCAAUAAAUGAUUUAAAUAAAUCACAAGAAUCAAUUUUUAGUUUUUCAUCACCUACACAUAAACAACGUUCAAUUAAAUCAUUAAUUAUGGCUGCAACAACAAGAGAUAAAUCGACGAAACAAGAAAAUGAUGUUCUUGUUUUAAUUGCUAGUUGGGUAUUAAGAUCACCGGAAGAUUUUCAAGAUUAUCUUGUACAAAAAGAAUUAAAAAGUUUUUUUACUUUACUUGAAUCAUUACGUAGUUCAUUUCGUAUAUGGACAAGUCAAAUUAAAGAAAUACUUGCACUUCAAGAUACGGAUGUACCAUUAAAUACAGAAAUAGAUGAUGUUACGACAGAUGAUAUUUAUCGUGAAUAUGUUCGAAUGCAACGAGAUAUUGUUUCAGGAAGAUUAAUUUGUUCAAAAGAAGAAGCAGCUGCAUUAGCUGCAGUACAAUUACGUCUUGAAACAUGGCCAGAAGAAAAUCUUGAUCUUGCCGAAGAAGAUGAAUUACAAGCAUUAAAUAUAGCAUUAAAUGAUCGAACAUCAGCAGCUGGUACUCAUAAUAGUUUACCAACAAUAUCACGAUCAUGGCGUUAUCGACAUCGAUAUAAUUUAGUUAAAUUUCGUUUAGCUGAUAUAUCUUGUUGUAAACAUGUUGAUUCGAAUAUACAUAAAUCAAAAAAACCAUUUCUUCCACCAAAUUUUCGUCAUAGUAAUGAAAUUCUUAAAUUGAUUAAAGAUAAACAACGUAAAUUAUUUCAUAUCAAUGAUUACGAUAAUCCAACACGGUUAAAAGAAUGUUAUGUUCGUUUAUGUCGAAAUUUACCUAGUUAUAGUGCGGAAAUAUAUAUUGUAAAAGAAAUUCAUGGCAAACGAUCAAAACGAAAAGGCAAUCGACUUCUUUGUAUUCGUUCAGAUAAAAUCUGUUUAUUAAAUAUGAAAACACGUAUUAUAUAUAAAGAACAACGUAUUGUUGAUCUUGAACAUUGGAUAACAAGUGGACAUCAUUUAAGUGCAGGAAUUAAUGAACUUGUUUUAGAAUUUCGUAAUAAAACAAAAUGGCGUUUACAAUUAAAUAAUACAGCUGAUUUACGUGCAAUAACUGUUUAUUUAUGGAAAAUAGUUAAUGUUGAAGGAUUUGCAUUACUUGAUAAACAUAUUCCAUUAAAUUCUUCCAUGCGUCGAACAUCUCAACCACAACAUCAAAUAGGACGUCGUAUGACACUACUUCCGACAUCAUUAUCAACAAAUUCAAAUAAAAAUCCGUAUCAAACAAUAACUGAUUUAUAUAAAAAUUUAUCAAAUAACCAAACAAAUCAACAUAUGACAACAUCGGCAACAACAAAAACAACAGAUCAUAUACAAAAUUUAACACGUUUAAUGCAAAAUACACGUACAACAGUAUUACCAAGUUUAAUGAUAAAUUCCUCGUAUCUUCAUCCAUCGGAUCAUACACAACCAUUUUGUUUUUCAUCGGAUCUUGAAGAAUUAAAACAUUUAUUUGAUUUUCCUGAAGAAGUUGCAAUACGUUUAACAGAAAUUGAACAUGAAAUAUUUCUUAGUGUACCACCUUUACAAUAUUUAAGACAUUUAACACUUGAUAUGUCACUUUUAUCACCACAUGAUACAUCAAUUCAAGGAAAAAGUAUUCGAAUUCUUGUUCAACGUUUUCAAGCUGUCGGAUCAUUUAUUCAACAAUUGAUUGUUUCACAAACAAGUUUUCAAGAACGCAAAGCGAUUGUUACAUCAAUAGUUCGAUGUGCUAUUACUUGUUGGUAUAUGGGAAAUUUUAAUAGUGCUAUGCAAAUAUUAGCAGGACUAAAAAUUGAAGCAUUUCGUCCACUAUGGUUAACAAUAACUGAUGAAAUUCCAGGUUUUAAAUUUCUUACAGAUGCAUUUAAUUCAAAUGAGAAAACUCCACAAUAUUGUGAUGCUGUUAGUCGAGCGUUAGAUAUUCCAACUUGUAAAGUAGUACCAUUUUUUGGUACAUUUCUUAAAGAUCUUCGAACAAUAUUAAGUGGUGUACCAAGUAUAGUUGUUCUAUGUAAUCGAAAUACACAAAAACCAUUUGAAACGGUUUCGGAUUUUCAAAAUCAAGAACAUUUUUUAACACGCAUUGGUGUUGGCGGUUUAAUUAAUACUCGAAAAAUUGAACUUGUUCAUAUGGUAUUAAAAGAUAUAGCAAUGUUUCAUAAUCGUCAUCGCCGUUUACCAUUAUUCAAAUGUUGUUUUGAUCUAAAUCGUAUUAAAUUACCAAGACAAUCUAUAAUACCAGAAAUGAAAGAAAAACAUUCAGCUACAGUUUGUGUACCAUUUGGUGAUAAUGUAUUAGAUCAAUUUCCUAAACCAAAAUGCCAUCGUAAUCGAUCAUUUUCAAAUACGGCAAUAUCAGAUAAUGAAUUUGAUCAUCAUCAUCGUAUGCCAAAUAUAGCUAUACAAGUUAUUGGUGAUAAUGAUGUAACAAAUAUAAAUAAUAAUGAAGGAACAACAACAACAAAUUCUAAAUUAUCACAUCAUUCAACAUAUGAUAUUGAUGAACCUGAAACAUAUUAUUGUUUAAAUGUAUCAUUUUAUCAACCAAUAAUACAACCAAAACAUAAUCAUGAAGUUUCUUUAUUAUCAAUGCAUCAUAUUAUUGAUUUUAAUAAUUUACAAAUACUUCGAAAUGGUACAACAAUGAUUCUUUAUGAUGAAGAUACAAUGCAUUCAUGUUUAAUUACUGUACGACUUGAACUUGAUAAUUGUACAUUGACUUGGACAAAACCUUCUUGGGACACACAUCGAAAUAUUGAAAAUGUUAAUGCAACUAAUCAAAUUUCAAGUGAAGCAGCACAUUAUUCAAUAUUAAUGAAACGUUAUAUAUUACGUGAUGUUGCAUUUGUGGAUAUGGAUGAAGGUUUUCUUCAAUUAAAAUAUGUUAAACAUAUUCGAAGUGGUAUACUUCAUUGUGAUUUACUUCCAAUAAUAAAACGUUAUAAAUUAAAUGAUAUAACAAAUCCAGAAAAUUGUUUUACUAUUAUUUAUGGUUCAUCGAUCAGUGAAAAUAAAUCACUUUGUUUUAUCAGUCCAAAAUAUUGUUCACAAAUAUGGUAUUCAAGUAUAGAUAAAUUAAUAAUACAAUAUCGUAAACAUCGUUUAUGUUCUGAUCGACGUAUUGUUUGGCUUAAAAAUCAAUAUCUUUCAUUAUUUCAUGAAAAUGAACGUUUCGAAGGACCAACACCAAUGACAGCUAUACUUAUAUUUGGUGGAAGACAAUGGAAUUCUAGUUCAUUAUUUUCUUAUGAACGUGAUCAUGUUUUAUCAAAAAAGUCAAAUAGUGUUAUGAAAUCAUGGUCAAAUUUAGGAUUAAGACGACGAAAUAAAUUCGAACAGGAUCGUAAAGCCAGUUUUUCUACAGAAUCAGAACCUUCAACAGGAUUAAAAUGGCAACAACAGAGUGCUGUUUCUAUUAUACGUAAUAAAUCUAAGACUCUUGAUUAUAAAGUUAAAUCAAAUCUUGCUUCUCAAAUGGUUAAACCAGCACGUUCAUUAAUACAACAUCAAACAAAUACUAAACAACGUUCUGGUUUAGUAAAUCAAUCAUCAUCAAAUAUUUUAAAUAAUCCAUUAAAUAAUAAACGUAAUCGUGUUUUAACAACAAAUACGAAUACACAACUUCAAGAUUCAUCAUCACCAUGGAUUAUUAAUGAAAGUCAUAUGGAUUUUCCUGAAUUUGUUGAAUUAUUUAAAUCAUUUUAUUUUCAUUGUCGACGAGAUUUAAAAGAUUUAUUUGAUAAAUUUGCAUCAGAAAUUAAUACUGAACAAGAUUAUACUAUAAAAGAACAAUAUAAAAAUGAUUCAUUUGAUAUUUCAAGACAUUUAACAGGUUUAAUAACAAGAAAUAUGAUUGACGAUAUUACUGAUGCAAGUAUACGUCGAAUUUAUGAUAUGAUUGCUAUAUCAUCGAUACCAUGUUAUGCAAUUAGUACACAUACUCGUGGAAAUUUUCUUAUUACAAAAGAACAAUUUAGAGAAUUCUUACUUGAACAUCAAAAAGAAGAUAAAACUUCGUAUGAAAUCGAACAAAUCAUAUAUCGUCAUGAACCUAAUCGGCAAAAUCGUGUGAAUAAAGUUUUGUCAUUAGAAGGUUUUUCACGUUUUUUAUUGGAUAAAGAAAAUUAUGCUUUUGUUAAUGAACAUACUAAAGUCAAUGAACAAGAAAUGGAUAGUCCAUUGUCAUAUUAUUUUGUUGCUUCCUCUCAUAAUACUUAUUUAACUGGACAUCAAUUACGUGGUGAAUCAUCUGUUGAAAUGUAUCGUGAAGUACUUUUAUCUGGUUGUCGUUGUGUUGAACUUGAUUGUUGGGAUGGUGAUGAUGGUUAUCCAGUUAUUUAUCAUGGACGAACAUUUGUUAGUAAAAUAUCAUUUAAACUUGUUGUCGAAGUUAUUAAUGAAAGUGCAUUUAUAACAUCUCCAUAUCCAGUUAUAUUAUCAAUUGAAAAUCGUUGUUCAUUAAUACAACAAGCACGAAUGGCACAAACAUUUGUUAAAGUAUUUGGUGAUAAAUUAAUAACAAAAUAUAUGUUUGAUACUGAUUUUCAUGAAGAUCCAUUAUUACCAUCACCAAAUCAAUUAAAACAUAAAAUAUUAAUAAAAAAUAAAAAAAUAAAUAAAAUGCAUUCAGCAACACAAUUAAGUCGACAAAAAGUACAAUUAAGUGUUAAUUAUAGAAAUUCAGUUUAUUCAUCACCGGAUGAAAAUGAAGAAGAUGAUGAUUCUGAUGAUGAUGAACUUUUAGAUGAUUAUAGUUAUGAUCCAUUUGGUAGAAGAGAAUCACAACGAUCAAAUUCAAUAACUGAUUCGCCAUUGUAUCAAUUAAAAAAGACUUGUGCAUCAAUAGCUGUUGAGCAAGACGGUGAUGAUGAUUUACGAGGAUAUCGACAACGUCGUUAUAGUAUUAUGGUUAAUGGACCAAGACAACGUUUAAAAAGUAGUAGUUCAAUUGAUGCUACUCAUAUAGUAAAAGUACCUAAAUCAACUGUUGCUCCUGUAAAAAUACCAGCCAUGUUGGUAGCAAAAGAAUUAUCGGAUAUUGUUAUUUAUACACAAGCAAUCAAAUUUCGAGGAUUAACUUGUGCAUCGACUACGCCAAGUUUUAUUGGUGGUAAAGGUGUUCGAAAAGUUCCCAGACGUACUAUUCAACAACUUGUUGCUCAACCAAGUACAACGAGUACUGAAAGUUCACGAUCGAUUGAUCAAGUUUCACCUUGUCAUCAAAUAGUAUCAUUAAUUGAAAAUAAAGCAAAAAAAUUAUCUAAAAAUCAAGGUGCUGAUAUGGUUGUACAUACUGAAAAUCAACUGGUUCGAUGUUAUCCAAGUGGAUUUCGUGUUGAUUCAACUAAUUUCAAUCCAUUACAAUUAUGGAUAUAUGGAAUUCAAUUAGCUGCCACUAAUUAUCAAACACUUGAUCCUGGACAGAUUCUUAAUUUGUCUAUGUUUGAACAAAAUGGUAAUUGUGGUUAUGUAAUAAAACCAAGUAUUUUUUGGGAUAAAGAACAUCCACAAUAUGGUCGAUUUAAUCCAUCAGUUAUCGAACGUGAAGGUUUUUGUUUUGAAUUAACCAUUACUGUUAUUUCGGGUCAAUAUUUAACACAAAAUCUUGGUUCAACAACAAGUAUUUAUAUUGAAGUUGAACUUCUUGGAAUUCCAAUUGAUUGUAUGUCAAGAAAAACAAAACCAUCCAUUAAAAAUUCAUUGAAUCCUAUUUGGCAAGAAACAUUUGUUUUUCAGCUUUUCUUCAUUGAAUUAGCCUUUGUACGUUUCCAUGUAUACGAUGCAGGUAGUAAUCAUUUAUUAUCUCAACGUGUCAUGCCUCUUAAAUGUCUUCGACCUGGCUAUCGACAUGUUCGUUUAAGAGAUAUUGCAAAUGUACCAUUAGAAUUAGCAACAUUAUUUAUUUAUUCUAAAACAUCUGAAACUAUAUUACUUCGUACUCCUGAACAAGAUUUAUCAUCAUCAAAUACACCACAUCUAUUUCGUAAUCGAAUAUUUGGACGAACAACUGAUACAUCAGAUGUUAUUCACAGUAAUCGUGAUUCUAUACGACCUAAACAUAAAACAUUUGAAGUAAAAGUCUAUGGUAAAGAAGGACGUGAUGAAGAAUUUCGACCAUUUGCUGUAACACAAUAUACAACAGUUGAAGAACUUAUAGAAAUGAUUGCUAAAACAAAUGAUUUUCUUCAAGUUGGUGAAACAAUUAAUGAUAUUAUAUUAACUGAAUCGUCUAAAACAUGGAAAAAGAAAGCAUCAUCAUCGAAACAACCUGAUAUUCCACCACGAAUACUUGAAAAACAUGAACGAGUUCUUGUAGUUAUGGAUCGUGUUGGUCGAGAAACAGUUAUUUUAUGUAAGAAAAAAGCUCAAACACCACAACAUGUAAUACUAUCAACAUUAGCUGAUAAAAAUAUUCAAAAUUGGGAAAAUUGUGAUCGUACAUUUCUUGUUACUAUUUAUAAUAUAUCAUCUAUACAAAAACAUACUACUUUUCGAACACCAAUUAAUUCUACUGCUAUUCAUGUUAUUACACAAUUAAUGAAAAAAAUGCGUAUGGCUGGUAUACCAAAUGAUUAUGGACUUGUUGAAGAAAUCGAUGUCAAUGGAACAAAUCGUCGAAUACCAAUAAAACGUCGUUUAUUAGCAGACGAUGAAAAAAUUUAUGGUAUACAACGUUUAUGGACAUCGACAAAUUCAAAAUUUGUUUUAGUUAAAAAAACUGAAUAUAAUGAAACUAAUAAUAAUAAAGCAUUUACUGACAAAUUUCUAUUUCGAUCAUUAACUAGACAAAAAUCAAUUGAACGAGAGUUACAUGAAGAAUCUCAAUCAAAAUCACGAACAACUACUACUUCAACAUCAAAUGGUACUUUUAAUAAUAAUAAUCGAAAUUCACUUGCAGCAACACCACCAAUUCCAAAAACUAAUCAAUCAAAACGUUCAUUAAAAACAUUAUUUUCCGCAAACAAAUCAUAA